CGCAUACGCUUGAUCAUCGGCGGCGACUUGUCAACAACACUCCCUCCACCACACUAGCGGACAACACACCACACCAUGGACGACCCCUCCGGCUGGUCGCUGACCGAGUCGGACCCGCAGGUGUUUAGCGAGCUGCUGCGCGAGCUCGGCGUGACGGGUCUGCAGGUUGACGACCUGUACACCCUCGACGAGAGCACGCUCGCCACCCUCCGCCCGAUCCACGCCCUCAUCUUCCUGUUCAAGUGGGUCGGCGGCGCCGGGGCGGGCGAGAGCGUCGGCGUCGAGAUCGACCCGCUCGAGGGCGGCGUGUGGUUUGCCAACCAGGUCAUCAACAACUCGUGCGCGACCGUCGCGGCGCUCAACGCCGUCAUGAACAUUCCGUCUCAGGUGUCCCCGCAUGCCGGGGAGAGCAUCGACAUUGGGCCCGAGCUCGCCAACCUGCGCGACUUUGGCGCCGGUAUGGGGUCUAUGGACCUCGGACACGUCGUCGCCUCGUCCGACAGGAUACGCGAAGUGCACAACUCGUUCUCCAAGACGUCGCCGUUCUCGCUCGACCCGUCGCUUGUCCCCGAGCGCGAGAAGGAGGACGCGUACCACUUUGUCGCCUACCUGCCCGUCAACGGCGUGCUGUACGAGCUCGACGGGCUGCGCGCCGCGCCGAUCAUGCACGCCGCCGUCGAGGGCGACUGGCUCGACCAGGCGCGCGAGACGAUCGAGGCGCGUAUCGCAACGUACCCACCCGGCUCGGUCAUGUUCAACCUACUCGCGAUCCGCUCGGCCGCUGUCCCGCGCCUGCAGCGCCAGAUUGCCGACCCCGCCACGCCAGCCCACGAGCGGCUCGCGCUCCAGGACCAGCUGGACCACGAGAGCCAGAAGGCGUCGCAGGGCGCGGUUGAGAACUCGCUCAGACGGCACAACAUGCUCCCGCUCGUGCUGGGCCUCCUCGAGGCGCUGCACGGCAGCAAGAUCAAGACCGAGGUCAUUGACGCUGCGCGCACAAAGGGCAAGGAGAGGAGAGACAAGGCCAAGGCCAAGAAGGAGUCGGAGUGAUAGAUCUCCCAUACAGUGUCGUCGUGUUUCCAUCAUUUCCAUCAACAACCUCAACCGUCAGCAUUCACCUUGCGCGCUGCGCCCAGGCAGCUAGCUAGCGC